CACUUCUUCCCCUUCUCCGCCUUGGCACCCUCUCAAAAACAUCUGCUGCUCUUUCUAUCUUAAAAAACUCAACAUGGCACCCUCACAGUCGCAUUCGUAUGCCUAUAAAGCUGGACACAUCUUUUGUGUUCUUUUCAGUAUUCUUUCAGCCACCACCCUUCUGACUUUGACUACUGGUCAAGGCCCAGAGACACAAGCCCUAUGUUCUGCAGAGAUGUGUAUGACUGCUACUAUUUAUUCGAAUGACCCUAACACACUUGAGUUCUCACUCUGGUCCAAGGCUCAAGUUGGAUGGCUUGGUAUCGGCUUUGGAGGGAAGGCCACAGACAUGGAUGGCAACGAUCUCGCAAUGUGUUGGCCUACGACCACUGGACAAGGCGCGAUCCUCUCACAACGGUUUGCUACUUCCAAUGACGAUCCGACCGAGAUCCCAACUGCAGUCGAGUUCCAAGUCCUCGGAGCCAAAUCUGGAGUCAUGGCUUCUAACAGCAGCUUUACUUGUACAUUCACAAGACCUUUAGUGACUGCAAAAGGAACAAUCCUUCCUGAUGCUAAAGAGUUGCAUGUGAUCUAUGCUGUUGGAAAAAAUAUUCCUACGGGUGAAGAUCCACAGACAGCCAAGAUCCAAGAACAUUCGUCUACAGGUCAUGGUAUCCUGGCGAUUCAACGAAAAGAAGGUGGUGGCGGCAACGGAAACGUGACCACAACUUCUGGAUCUGGAUCACCGGCACAACCGACCAAGACAACUGCACCAGACGGUGAUGGAUCGAGCAAACCUAGCUUUGCACAGGCUGGAUACGGUGGCGGUUUUUCCCGUGUUUUUACUGCUGUCGCUAUCACUGCUGGCUUCUGUCUCCGGUGGUUGUUGUAAAAAAAAAUCUCCCAUUGGUUUCUUUUCUGAUGCGUAUGUUUGG